AUGCCAGUGGAUGACGAUGACAAGGCGGCAGCAGAGGACGACGCAAACAAUGCGUGCAGCAACCUCGUGCGCCCGAGCUUCCUGGCCGCCCACCCGAAAGCCCGCUGCCGCUGCCACGCGCCCUGCUGCGCCUGCGGCGGCGCGGCGGCCGCGGCGGCGCGGUCGGUGAGCGCACGGCUGCUGUGCGCUGAGGUCAGCGUGUACACCGACGCAAGCAGCCCCGAGGCGCUGGCGGCCGCGAAUGACAUCAUGGCGCGCAUCUGGCUUCCUGGCGGCGUGACCUACGAGCCCGUGUCCCUGGGGUCUGCCGAGUUCCAGAUGGGCGUGAUGUGGCAGUUCCCCGCCUUUGCCGUGGCCCUGGGCGCAUCCUACUUCCGCCGCCUGCUGGCCGCCAAGCCGCACCUGGCGCUCGCCGCGCGCCGCUGCCCCGCGUUCGGCGCCUACUGCUGCGGCGCGCAGCCGCCCCCGCUGCCGCCGCCGCCGCCGGCCGAGGGCAAUGCCAUGGAGGUGACCCUGCGCUCCGCCCAGUUCACCUGUAUCUUCCUGGCCACCAAAGUGGCCGACCAGGUCCACGCACACGGCCUCCUCCGCUUCAUGCUGGGCGCGCUGUGCGGCGCCCGCCACGCGGUGCACCCAGAUCAGGCGUCCGAGGUUGAGCUGCGCUGCCUCGAGGGCCUCAACUGGCGGCUGGGGCCCUACUUCUCAGAGGACCCCAUGGGCGGCGACGACGCUGACCUGGCGGCGGCGUUCCACGGCGGCGGCUGCGGCGCGGGCGCGUACUGA